AUGGAGCGCGAGAGGUCGCAGAUCAUUUAUGCGUUGGUCAUUCGAGGCCAAAAAGUUGUUCUCGCAGAGUACACUGCUUUGGCUGGGAACUUCCAGCAGGCAACGAUGCAGAUUCUGCAAAAGCUCGAGAGUUCUGCAGAAUGGAAGAGCUAUAUCUACGGCGAAUAUGCUUUCCACUACAUCGUGGACCAGACAGCCGACUUGUGGUUCGUGUGCAUGGCUGAAAAGCUCUUGGGACGUCGGAUCCCUUUCGGCUUUCUACAGGCGGUACAGGAGGCCUUCAUGCAGAAGUACAGCAAGGAGCAGGUGGAGAGUGCCAUCGCCUAUGGAAUGCAGAGCGAUUUCAGGGAAGAGUUACAGUUUCUCCUGGAGCGGUACAACUCGCCCGAUGUGGACCGAGUGGCCUCCAUGAUGGCCAAGGUUCAACAUAUCAAUGACCAUUUGAUGGAAAGCAUCGACAAGAUCCUCGAGAGACAGGAGAAGAUCGAGCUUUUGGUGAGUCGCAGCCAGGUCCUUUCCGAGAGCGCCUCCUCCUUCCGGCGUGAUGCGGAACAGCUGCGGCGCUUGGUGUGGUGGGGCAACGUCAAGAAGAUGGCCAUUAUCGCGGGGCUCGUGAUUCUGGUGAUUCUGAUCAUCAUCAUGUCUUCCUGUGGCAUCACCUUCUCACAUUGCUGA